CCCGUACAAGACCACCGAGCACCCCAGCAUUCAGCAUCCAGCGUUCAGCAUUCAUUUGACCUGUAUGAUACCAUGACGGAUAUCAGGGAUACUACCAUCAGACGACGAAGCAAAUUCGGCUGUCGACAGUGUAAGGCCAAGAAAGUCAAGUGCGAUGAAGCCAAACCGCAGUGUACACGCUGUACCGAGAAUUCACUGAGUUGCGAUUAUUCUUUACCUCUCUACUGGGGUGGCCGGCCUGUGAAAAUCAAAAAAUCCUCCUCGCCUGGCCAUGGUGCUGAUGGCGACGAAGAACCUGACCCAUGGGCCUCGGGCCACCGGAUCCCGGUACCGACGGGAAUGCCAUGCGCGAUUUAUGGAAGUGAAUCUGUACUUGACUUCUCGCAUUUACCUGUCUUCGCUGCUGCCAAUUCGGCGGAAGGGUCUGGCUCGAGCACAUAUCAUACUGAGCCGAAGGUAGGCUUUGGUGGAGAGAGAAGGAGAAUGAGUGCGGUUAAGGUCGAUGAUGGUUCUCCUACAAGACAAAGACAACGACAACGGGGACAAGGAAAUGGAAAGAGGAAGGGGGAGCCUGUUAUCAAGAUUGAGGCUGCGUCGGAUGGUGACGAUGCUUCCGUUACGAACGCCAAGAGCCAGGCUGCACCAGCAUACGCCCCCCAAAAUCAUCACCAACAGCAGAUGUCGAUGCAUUUACACGGGCAAAGACUGACCCACAACAAGUCCAUGUCAAACACCGACCUCGGCUUCCGCAUUCCCCGUCCGCCCCACCCCUCUCUCACCCCACAACCCCACCAAGGCCUCGAACCCGCCCUUAACUCCAACACAAAUCUGGCUAUGGAUGUUGAUAUGGAUGUCGAUAUGGACGGUGACGUGCCACAACAUAUUAACACACUCCCUUUCUCUCAUUUCCCGCCGCCACCAUCGGCGUUCAGAUACGGACACGGACAUGAGAGAUCGAGGUCUGAUUCAAUGAUGAAUGUGCAUUCGCAGAUGAAUACGAACUUAAACACACAUAUGGAAAUGGGCUAUGAAAGGGGCUUCGAUCGGGCGCCUAUGCCACCAGGCUUGACGGCACCCAUUGAGUUGGAUGAGAGGGAGCAUGAGCCGUACGUGUAUUCCCAGGGCGGCCUUUUGACACCCGAUAUCUCUCUGACCUCACAAUCCCCUAAUUUCGGACGGGGAAGGGGACAGAGUACUGGAGAGGUUGGGAUCAGACUGUCGCCGCUACACGCACACGGACACACAAUGCAAGAACGCACUACGAAUGGGACAUGGGCAGCUCCUCCCACUACCCACACCCAUUCCAACACCAACACUAUGACUGGAGAACCCAUUGCGGCAUUUCUGACACCACCACCCGGGAUUGAUAUUAUCGCAUUCACCCGUCCGCCGACACCGGUACGGGAUAGUGGAUAUCUCGCGAGUGCGCCGGGGAGUGGUCGGGAGAGUGUUAGUGCGUUCAUGGGUCAGGAUGGUUGUCAGGCUCAAUCCAACUCCGACCGUGACUCUCAGGCUCAGCAAAUGCAAACUCAGGACCAAGGUCAAGGCAUCUCGGCUGCUCAGUUCCGAGAAUUCGAGAGGGAGGUGGAGAGAGUUUCUCACGAACUCGAGCGAGAAAGAGAGACGAGGGAGGAGGAUGAGAGGUUUGGUGUUGCACGGGGUUUGGGAUUUGAUUUUGCUGCUGGGGAGAUGGGUGGGCUGAGACAGGGUCAGAGUAGUCCGCUCCAUGCGCCACGGAGUGCUGAGGGGAAUGUCAACGGAGGUGGGGCUGGAGCUGGGGUUACGUUCACGUAUGGGAAUCUGGAAGGGGUUGCGGAGAGCCGGAUUGUGGAAUUGCCGGAUGAUGACCAGGAAGAGGCGCAGGCUGAGAUACAUGCGGAUCUUACAUCGACGGAGUCAUCGGGAGCAAAUGGGAUGAGGGAGUUGGGGUUUGAAUCGCAUGGGUAUGAUCCGUUGUAUCGUUUUGAUACACCACCUGCGUAUCCGGAUCAUGCCGGGACUCAACUCAUCGCGACGUCUGAAUCGGGCUCUACACCUCUUAUCCGGGUUCCGUUCCCUCCGCUGCCAGCUGUGUUGAACGAUAACCCGCAGCUCCGGACAUACUUCGAACAUUACAUGUGGGAAACCUCUACGCGUCUCGUUCCGCACCACUCGGAGCGAAACCCGUUUUUCAGGUUGUUGGGACCAUUGUCGCUUAGUUCUCCGCCGUUGUUGAGUGUUAUUCUGGCAACGGGUGCCGUUCAUCGGGCGAGGAUGUUAGGGUUGCCGGAGCCGACGACGCAGGUGACGGGUUUGGUUAAUCAUUCCAUUCAACAGAUCAUCCAAGCACUUGCUGAUCCGAGGACGGCGAGGGAUGAUGGUGUCUUGGCUGCUACGAUUGCUUUGAGUUCGCAUGAGGUCUUGCACGAUGCUGCUGGGGCGGGGUGGAGACGGCAUUUGCGGGGCGCGAGAGAUUUGAUUAUGUUGCGGGGAGGACCGAGGGAGGAUCAUGGUGAGCUCUGGCGGUUCCUGGUUAAGUGGCUUGCGUAUUUCGAUAUCCAGGCUUCGCUUGCGAACCCUAUGAAUCGGAUGAUGUGGGAAGGGAAGUAUUGGGUAUAUGAAGCACACGAAAAAGAUCCUGUUGGCGAAUACUUUUUGGACCCGUAUAUGGGCUUUUUGGGGGGUGUUAUGCCGAUUAUGGUGAGGAUCUCGGAGGCGGCCAGGAAGAAGAAGGAGUGUGGGGGUGUUAUUUCGCACGAGUUGGGGUUUGAGGUCGAGGCUAUCAAGGCUGAUUUGAGGGGGAUGAAGACGAAAGGACCGGCUUUGAUGCCGCACUUGCCGGGGCUGAAGAUGGAUGUCAAGUUGAAGCAGGAGUUGGGAGCGUGUAAUGACGCUUUCUACUUUUCUGGGUUGAUCCAUCUUUUCCGACGGGUGGAGGGGAUUCCGACGAAUUCUCCCGCUGUUCAGGGUGCGGUGUGUAACGUCGUUUCGUCGAUUGCGAGGGUACCUCCGGGUUGCAGUGCUGAGGCUGCAUUGUUAUUGCCGUGCUUUACAGCGGGGUGUGAGGCGUUGGAUAGGCAUAAUCGAGAGUUUGUGUUGGAACGAAUCAGGGGUAUGGAGAAGCUGGGAGUGGACAAUAUCCCGCUUGCGAAAGCUGUUGUCGAGAGAGUCCAGCAGAAACGGGAUGAGGGCGAGACGGCUCUUGAUUGGGAUCAAGUCGUACAGGAGAUGGGGAUUGAUUUGAAUUUGUGUUGAUUUAUCUGACUUUCUGGCUUGGAAUUUGGGCGGAUUUGGGGGUGCAUCUGAUAUACGUGGAGCAUUCUGGCGCUUUCAUUCGGGAUAUGCUCCACUUGCUUUGCUUGAUGAUGGGGAUACCAUUCCGGCGUGCGCGGCGUUUUGCCUUGCUUUUUGCUUUUGCUAUGACUAAUGAGUUGAGAGGGACAUGAAGAUGCACUGCGAUGAUAUGGCGCUUGAUCGUUUAGGAGGGUGUCGCAGGAAUGAUGCAUUCGAAUUUGCAUGUGUUGCGGUACGAUUUACUUACUCUACUUGCUACGAGAUGAGGGUUAGGUGAUGGUCGAUAUAUUCCUGUUCUCUUGUCACACAAUGCUAUAUGGCAACGAUGCCGG